GAUAGCUUGUUAUUUAUCCGUCCACAUACUUGCUCUCCUCUGUGGUAAAAAGAAUAUUUGAUAUGUUUUCAGUUGUGAAGGUUGUAUAAAGUGUAUUCGAAUGGAGUCUUUAAAUAUAUUGUUCGCAGUUGUGUUUAUUUUACACAUCUUUGAGGUAUAUGGAGCUAGUCAAUAUAACAGUAGCCGAAAUAGUCUGACCGGAAAUGAACAAGAAUUGAGAGAUAUGCUUAACACUGUUAUGGAGCAAAACAGGAAACUUGUUUUGCAGAAUAACAGGCUUCAGCAAGUAUGGUUUGGUAUGCAGCAAAUGUGUAAAGCUUUAGCGUUGCCUGUACGCGACUGUGACCAGUGCAGUAACAUGACCUUAAGUGGUAACAAAUCAUAUGCGCCCGAAACAAAUGAAAAUCAGUACGAAUGUACUCCAGCAAAUGCAACAUUACCACUUGAGGUGUUGUCAAUCAAGUCAACCGGACUAACGUCAAUUGUAACUAAUAUAAGCAUUACCUAUGUCGCUUCCCCGAGCAUAACGUAUACUGGAUUGGUCUGGUAGAUGAUGGUAGAACAUGGAGAAACGGUGGAACAAAGACACAGUCUACGCCAGGAAGUGAGAUAUAUACUUCAACGGUUGAUGUGAUGAAUGUUACCUCGUUUCGUACUAUUUACUUCCGAUUGUCUAACGAAAAACAUGUCAUAUCUAUAGUACUAAAUACCACCGCUGCAGAAACAUCCCAAGAACAGACCAUAACACAACCACAUUCAAAACUUAUUGAAAUGAACACAAGUUACAUGGCACCACAAAAUUCUAGUUUGACAAUAACAGGGGUUAUAAAGUUAAAUAUGUCAUUUAUCGGUGACUCCUCUACGAUUGUUGACGUUUUUGAAGGCCUUAACACAAGUUCAAACCCACCUAUAUUUUUUGAAAAAUCCAGUUUUAACUCGGAUGAAAUAAAUGUUAACUUAACGAAAAGAACAAAUGAAACAACAAAUUACCAUAUAACAAUCGGUCAUUCUGUUAUCAAAUACGGCGGCUUUCUGACGAUCCGCGUCCCUUAUAUGGAAUCUUCAAAGGACAGGAUGGUCGACGUGUAUUCAAGCGGUUAUCGUGUAAAAAUCUUUGCUUAUGGCACAAAAGACGUUCUACCAUACAAUGUUGUUGGAACGUUUCCUCUGCAAAAGCAGACAAUUAUUUUCCCGCCAUCUAGUACCAUCAUGUGCCUUACAAUUGGAAACCCACGUCCUAACGCUUCAAUAUUCAAAAUCGAUAAAAAUGGUGGUUAUAAGAAACUUGUUACAGAAACAGUCUUUUCAAACAGCUAUUCAACCGUGGAAGUACUAACUUUGUCAGCAAAUCAACGGACACACGAGGGUCGUUAUAUUUGCAGUGCAUCGAAUGGUAAUAAAGUAGUGGAAUCAGAAACUGACGUUGUUAUCAUCAAAAAAGCUGUGAUCGACGAAACCAAGACCGGUGUAUUGAAAAAUUCGAGUAACACCAUCGUUGUUUCUUGCAAGGCCAAAGGAAAGCCUAGACCAGAACUUGACUUCCGUCUGUAUGAUAAACAGGGCCCUUUUAUGAUAAGAUCUGGAUUGUUCAAGUUUGGGAAGUCUGAAUCCGGCAAGUACUCAUCCCGAAUAACCCUUACAUUAUCUGCUUCAAAUGAUACUGAUGUGCAUACGGUUUAUUGCUUUGCGGCACAGGGCGGUGAAAGAAGACAUUUUAUAAUAAGCAAAAAGAUCAGAAUUUUCCCUGAAGGACGAGAAAACAAUUGGGAUCUCUAUCAGCGCGUUUCAGAGGCUCAAGACUUCUAAAAACGUAUAUUGAUAGGGAGCAACAAACAGUAUUGUGGCAUUACAAUCAUACUACCAGUACACAUCCUGAUUCAAUAGUGUAAUCUAACGUAUUCUUUAUAACCAAAAACACAGUUAAAAAAAUGUUUCCAGUAAUUGGCCAAUGAGUAACUUGUUUAAUAUCAUAAAAGAAAAAGCUUUUGAGAAAUAAAAAUGAAAGUUUCUGAGGCAUUAUGGGCCUUCACUGUACAUGUAUUAAUAUAUUUUGUUUCAAAUGAAAUCUUAUACAACUUAUUUAUAUGAAAAUUAGCUUGAGCUUUAAGGUUUGUUGUAUUACAAAUAUCCGAAACCUUUUUAUAAUGGAAUUAAACUAUAUUACAUGUAUGUAUGGUA